ACAUGGAAAUCAUACCUGAAGGCAGAAUAUUUCGAUUGGUACAUGAUGAUGAAUUACCGAGUAUCUUGGAAGUGCUAGAAAAUCAUUUACCACAUGCAUUGAAGUUUCAUCAAACUAUCAAAACUUAUUUGAAUCAUCGAAUUUGGCAAUUUCACUUUUACGUAUCGAAAAACUGGCCGGAAGAAGAAGUUUGUCUUCAUUUCCCUGGUUGCACUUUGACGCCCAACAACAAUGUUUAUGAAAGUUUUGGAUUCUUCUGUCCACUCGAUUCUCUGAACUUAGUCGACUUAAUUAAAAGCGAGGAUGUUCUCUUUGACUGGUCAAUGCCUAUGUACCUGAACUACACACCUGUGAAAAUUAUGGAUCGGAUGGAAGACUUUUUAAAAACUAUUGGCCACAUUGAGCGCAUCCAAGGCGAGGUUUUCGUUUGCAAGGCUAACCCUGAUAACUUUGAACAAACUGAAUUGCCAUCCAACGAAGUGGAAAUGCGUCUUUUAUGUGAAUCAGAUGUCAAAAGCAUUCACGAUUUAUAUCCAGCAAGUGAGAUCGAAAGUAUUGAGGUCUUCGAGAGAUUGGCUGCACGUCUCCCAGGUUACGGGAUUUUCACUCUUCAUGGUGAGUUGGCAGCUUGGAUGGUUCAAAGCUAUUACGGGGCAAUGUUUAGCAUGCAAACAAAACCGGAACAUCGACGUAAAGGCUAUGGAAUAUUUUUAGCACAAAAUCUCUCUCGCUUGGUUAUAAAACGUGGGUACAAACCCUUCGUCGUUAUACGACAUGAAAACGAAGCUUCUAAAAGUCUGUAUAAAAAACUUGGAUUUGAAAAGGAAUUCGAAACUGCUCGAAUUGUUUUCACUCCUUUCGACUAUGCGUAUGACAAAGGGGAAAUGAAUGGAAAAUCUAUUGACAAUGGUAAGAAAAAUGGAAAACAUUUCAAUGGUGGUUCGAGCUUUAAUGAAGUUAACAAUAAUAAUUAAAUUGAUAUUCCUCAAAGCAAUCUUCUUAUUCUGAUCUAGCUGAAUGAAAAUCCUUUUGCACUUACUAAAAAGAUUUAAAGAUUCACGAAAAAGUUAUUAAAGC